AUGGCGAUAUGGGUAUCCCUCCAAAAUCCUGUUUCAAAGCCACCCGUACCCAACCUCGCCUGUGAAAUUUGUGGGUGGUUUUUUUGUAAAGUGAGAGUUGAAGAUUGUUUAGAGUCAAAGAGGGUGUGCACCAUUUGUUCCGAAGAGUUUCAGUUUGAUUUUGAGAUUGUUCGGUUACUAUAUGAUCUAGAAGGUCCAAGACAUAUAUCUGAAGAACUUUCUUCAAUGGGAGUGUCACCAGAACUAAUUGGAUGGACGAUAUCUCGAAUUAGGCUAAUUGCAACAGAGAUCGAGAGAAACCCAAGUCAUCGUGGGAUUUCUACAAUUGUUACAAUCCUAAAUGUUUCUACGAUAUUCAUAAUCCCUGAUAUACUUGAAGAGUCAAUGCAAGAUGUUCCAAGGCCAAUUCCAGCUACUGAGGAAGCUAUUCAGAAGUUGGAAAAGGUGACGUUUCAAGAUUGUUUAGAGUCAACGAGGGAUUGCAUCGUUUGUUGUGAAGAGUUUCAUCAAAAUGAUCAUGUUAAUCAGAUUGUGCGGAUGCCGUGUGCUCAUGUUUAUCACCAACAGUGUAUCCAGAAGUGGCUGAAGAUAAGUCAUCUUUGCCCCUUGUGCCGCUACAAGAUGCCGUGUUCAGAGAAUUAG